AGCAGCAGAGAGCAGCGGCCGCGGCGGGGCUGUGCCUCCACUGCAGCCCAGCGCAGGCCGCGGAGCCGGGGCGCUGCAGCCGAGAGCGCGGGCGUGGAGUGCGGCGGGCCGGCGCCGGGAGUCCUCUUGAAGAGUCCUGUCUCUGAGUCCUCCAAGGCCUUUAGAGCUAGUGGGUGAGACAGCACGCGGGAGGACAGCCCCUGCUUCUUCAUCAGAGGAAGCCCGCCUUUGCUAUGGAUACCGAAUCCACGUAUUCUGGAUAUUCCUACUACUCAAGCCAUUCAAAAAAAUCUCACAGGCAAGGGGAAAGAACAAGAGAAAGACACAAAUCACCAAGGAAUAAAGAUGGCAGAGGGUCAGAAAAGUCUGUCACCAUCCAGGCUCCUGCUGGAGAGCCCCUGCUGGCAAACGACUCUGCCCGCACAGGCACAGAGGAAGUUCAGGAUGACAACUGGGGAGAGACCACCACUGCCAUCACAGGAACCUCAGAGCACAGUAUAUCCCAAGAGGACAUUGCCAGGAUUAGCAAGGACAUGGAGGACAGUGUGGGGCUGGAUUGCAAGCGUUAUCUGGGCCUCACCGUUGCCUCGUUCCUUGGACUACUCGUCUUCCUCACCCCCAUUGCCUUCAUCCUGCUACCCCAAAUCCUGUGGAGGGAGGAGCUGAAACCCUGUGGCGCCAUUUGUGAGGGACUUCUCAUUUCCGUAUCGUUCAAACUGCUUAUCCUGCUCAUCGGAACCUGGGCACUAUUCUUCCGCAAGCAAAGAGCAGAUGUGCCGCGGGUGUUUGUGUUCCGAGCGCUGUUACUGGUCCUUAUCUUUCUUUUUGUGGUUUCUUAUUGGCUUUUUUAUGGGGUCCGCAUUUUGGAUUCUCGGGACCAAAAUUACAAAGACAUCGUGCAAUAUGCAGUCUCUCUUGUGGACGCACUACUUUUCAUCCACUACCUUGCCAUCGUCCUGCUGGAGCUGAGGCAGCUGCAACCCAUGUUCACGCUGCAGGUGGUCCGUUCCACUGAUGGAGAGUCCCGCUUCUACAGCUUGGGACACUUGAGCAUCCAGCGAGCAGCCUUGGUGGUUCUGGAAAAUUACUACAAGGACUUCACCAUCUAUAACCCGAACCUCCUAACAGCAUCCAAAUUCCGAGCAGCCAAGCACAUGGCUGGCCUGAAAGUCUACAAUGUAGAUGGGCCCAGUAACAACGCCACUGGUCAGUCCCGAGCCAUGAUUGCGGCAGCAGCUCGGCGCAGAGACUCCAGCCACAACGAGUUGUAUUAUGAAGAGGCGGAACACGAACGCAGGGUGAAGAAGCGGAGAGCGAGACUGGUGGUGGCUGUGGAGGAAGCCUUCAUCCAUAUCCAGCGUCUCCAGGCUGAGGAGCAGCAGAAGUCUCCCGGGGAGGUGAUGGACCCCAGAGAGGCAGCCCAGGCCAUCUUCCCCUCCAUGGCCAGGGCACUGCAGAAGUACCUGCGCACCACAAGGCAGCAGCACUACCACAGCAUGGAGAGCAUCCUGCAGCACCUGGCCUUCUGCAUCACCAACAGCAUGACCCCCAAGGCUUUCCUUGAACGAUACCUCAGUGCGGGCCCCACCUUGCAGUAUGACAAGGAUCGAUGGCUCUCGACACAGUGGAGACUUAUUAGUGACGAGGCUGUGACAAACGGGUUACGGGAUGGAAUUGUUUUCGUCCUUAAAUGCUUGGACUUCAGCCUCGUGGUCAAUGUGAAGAAAAUCCCAUUCAUUGUACUCUCAGAAGAGUUCAUAGACCCUAAAUCUCACAAGUUCGUUCUUCGCUUACAGUCUGAGACAUCAGUCUAAAAUCUCUAUACUUGUGGCUUUAUGAAAAACAAAAGAAGAAUAUAUAAAUAGAUAUAUAUAUAUGUGUGUGUGUGUGUGUCCAGGGGGAAGUUCUUUUAUAAAGAUUUAAAAAAAAAAAUCUUCAAUGCUGACUCAAACUGGCAGAGGAUAGACCAGUAUCCUUCGACCAUCUGCACUUUAUUUGGAAGGAAGCAGAUGUCCACCCCAACAAGUGACUGCUGGCAUCUGACUUUAAUAGAUUGGACUUCUGAAGAAGCUGUUCCCUGGAGUUUCUGUGACAGCUGUAAACCAAAGUGUAGCUGCUGUGUGUCCUCGGGAGCCUCGCCUUACAACUGGUCCCUAACUGUGGCUCAGUACCACACCCACCUGGACUUCUGGUCGACCUCCUCAUAGUUUCUAGGGACCUCACUUUAUUCUGCUUCAGGAAAUCAGACACUACACACCGACAUGCGUGUUUGUACAUGUAAUUAUCCAUAUCACCACACCACCCUGGGGAGUGGUGGGCAGUACAGGAAAUGUCCAACCUCCUGAGUUUUUAUCCUUUGUUGCCUUACAUUGUGAAGAGAAAGAAACUGAUAGAAAAUGCGCACUGCUGGUUUGCAGCUGUUAAGUGACUGGCUUUCCAUUUUCCCCCCUGAGAGAGAACCUACCUGCCCUGUUUCUGGCCCUGCUCCUCUGUUGGCCUGAGGCAGGUAGUAGCCCUUCCCUAGCCCUGGGAUUGCCUACCUGGGCUUCACUCUAACGCCCACUCUCCUUAGCAUCUGGACCACAGCCAUACAUGGUGGGCUGCCUGGCCAGACUAGCUUGGCCCUCCUGAGAUGUCAGGGUCUUGGCUUUCCAAGUAUACCCACCACAGCUCUUUGCACAGCCUCUCCCAGUCUUUCUCCCGAGAAGUAGGGUAUGACCCUGGGGAUCCAUUCAGCUGCAGCACCUCCUUUAGGCUGCAGCAGAAGCCCAUCCACCCAGUCCUCCUCAGCCCUGCUUCACACAAAACAGGAGAGACCAACACUGUGACUCCCAGUUGGCAGGUACCCCGUGUAGCCAUCCAGUUUCCCAGGGAGACAAGUAUUCACAAAGCUCAUGUGCCAAGCUGCCCUGCCACAGGAAACCAAACAGUGCCCACCACGCUGGCAACUACAGCUGUCCCAUCCCUGAGGUUUGUGACCACCACCACUGUGCAACUUACUGCAAGGAAAAGGGUCUCUGGGAAAGAGAGAUUAGGGCGUUGGUGGUACAGUUCCGAAGGCCCCUUCUGUCAGCAUGUUGUAGCUGUUUUCAGAGGACAAUGCCCUUGAUGUUCCAUUUGUAGAUGCAGCUGCCUCCUGGCAGAGCCCUGUGCAGGGGAGUGCCCAAGGAGCCAUUUCCUGACACCUUGCAGUGGGCUGUCCUGCUCUCUGCUUGCCUACAUCCGAAGCAAUGCUCCACCAAGUACUCUUUCCUUUCCCAGCUUCAGGGAUCUCGUUUCAGGAAAGGAGAAGCCGUCAUCAUCUCCGUGCCCGUAUAUGUGUACCCUUCCUGUCUAUGCAUUCCAUGAACCAAGCGAUUUUGUCUGUCAUUAAAAAAAAAAAAUCCAAAUUGGCAUGGAAUAUUUAUGAUACACCUGUGCUUAGAAAAGCCAAUGUUAUUCUUUGUUCAGUAACUUUUAGCUCAGAAAGAUGUGCUGGAGGAGGAAGAGAAACCUGUAGGCAAGGCACAGAGCCAGGAUGCCCCAUGAUAACGGUGUGGCUUUGUUACACACACACACACACACACACACACACACACACACACACACUGUAUAACCGGGUGCUUUGGUCUUAGUUUGAAACCUUUAGGUCCCUUCUACUGGAAGUUCCUCAGGAUGUCUUUCUCAGGAAAUAUUUUAGGAGACAAGGUAAGGGGUGGGCAGUCUGUGAGAGACCGGCUUUGUGUGGAGGGUAAUGACACAGCAUAGCUGCUCUGCCACGAACACCAUUCAGUUAAGUGCCAUAAAUGUAGAUAAUGUAGAGUUAAAGGUAACACUACUCAUCGGCAUCUUACAAUACUAUGCUUCCAGCUCCGGCCUAAAUCAUGGGUCUUAAAGGGGUUAAUAAGUUGGAGCCCUGUGUUGGUAUGUGCAUUCCCAGCAGGGCAAAGAAAGGUUUAAAUUAAGGAAUUAAUUUAUUUUCCCUCCUGGCCCCUCUCCAUCUUCUUUGCAUAGAACUUCAGACUUCCUGAAACUAUUGUUUUGGUUGUAAAUUGAAUAUCGAUUUUUUUUUUCAAAACACUUAAGUUUGCAUCGAUUCCUGAAAGAAAAACAAAAAUCACAAGCAGGAUCCUUUAAAGUCUUUGUGCUCCCAGUGUUUUACCAGGCUGAGUUGAAGUGGGAAUGGUGUGGAGGAGAGUUUGCAAAAGAAAUGUGAAGUUGUAGAAAGCUGCAUCACACAACUGAAGACAAUAAAUUUUUAUUUCAUUUCUUGAACCCUCAUAGCCUACUCUUUGUAAAGGAUGUAAAUUGCUUCCCAAGGCUAGUAGGAUGCAUGAUCCUAUUAGAGGACACGGAAUUCCAUUACCUUAAAUGUUUAUAGAUUUUUUUUCCCCCUAUAACACCCAACCUAAGUUAUUAAAAUUCUAACAUUAACUGUGAAAGAACUCAAUGAAGAGUGUAGGUCUGAGAUUGCCGUCUUCCCCCUGGUGAUUUUCAUUAUCUACAAAAGUAGACAACUUGUUCAGAAGUGUGUGCUUAAAAAAAAAAAGCAGUCUUUAAUAGUCCUCGAAUUGAAUGCUCAGGAAGUCUGCACCAUGGGAGUUAGAGUGGAUUUUAAUGUUAUAAGGCUCACAUAUCCUUAGGUUAUCCAUGGAGUCAAAAUUCUUUUGGCUAAAGUCCAUAAAGUAAAUGCUUACCCAUCAUUUAUCACCUCCGUUCCUUCCUCUAACUCCCCCUUUUGAGAUCUGCAAGAAGACAGGUUCUUGAUAGUGGAGAGUAUGAAGUCAGUGGCCUGGGUGUGUUUGCCUCAUCACGAUUCAUUGUUAGGAGUGUGAGGCUUUCUAAUGAAUGAGGAGACUGGCCGUGCAGGUAAGUCCUAGAAAGGCCCAGGGUGCUCACUCUUGCCAUCUCUUGAGUCAGAGGUGGUAGUGAGCAGUUCCAGUUCUACGUCAUCUCCUGGAGUGCAUGGAUUCAAUGUAAUAGCUUGCUUCAGUCAGAGACACUAUUGCUAUGAUGAAACACCAUGACCAAAGCAACUUGGGAGGGGAGGGUCUAUUUGGCUUAUGCUUCCACAUCAUAGUUCAUCAUCAAGAAAGUCAAGAUAAGAUCUCAAACAGGGCAGGAACCUGGAGGCAAGAGCUGGAGGCAG